AUGGACUACUACGCCGCGCAACCGGAACCAGUUCACUUCUACGACAAGCCGCUGGGACGGUCCAACACUACUACACAUAAUAAUGCAGCCAUGUAUUACGUCGAGAAACCACUGGCUAGAUCGAACACAUCAUCAACAACCUCAUCAAUGGAGCGAACAAGAUCAACUCCUCUCUCGAGGAUGCUCCUCUCUGGAGAGGUCAGUGGCGAGGCUCCUCGGGACCUCAACCUAAGAGAACGACUCGACCGAUGGAUGGUAAACGAAGGUUCGAGGCGCAUGGUGGUUGGCGUUUUUGUGCUGGUUCACGCCUUCGUCUUCACUUUCGGCUUCUUACAUUACCAACUAAAGGACACACUGUCAGGUCCAAGGAAGACAUUCGGAUUCACCUUCGCCACUGCUCGAUCGUCCGCCCUGGUCCUGCAUUUCGACAUUGCCCUCGUCCUCUUCCCUGUCUGCCGAACACUCAUCUCGCUAUUACGGCAGACUCCGCUGAACGGUAUCGUUCCUUUUGACAAGAACAUCACUUUCCACAAACAGGUCGCCUACUCGAUCGUUUUCUUCUCAUGGCUUCAUACUCUCGCCCAUAUCAAGAACGUUGGACAACUUGCCAUCAACGCCAAGAUCGGGUUUGUUGGCUUCUUGAAGCUCGGUUUCCUCACUGGACCCGGCUGGACCGGCUGGGUGAUGCUCAUUGCCUUGAUGGCCAUGUUCUUCACCGCGAUCGAAAAGCCCAGAAGAGCAAAUUACGAACGCUUCUGGUCAGUCCAUCAUCUGUUCAUCAUCUUCUUUGUCAUGUGGUCCAUUCACGGCGCAUUCUGCAUGAUCAAGCCCGACGUGGCACCUUUCUGCGCCGGGAUCGGUGUUUUCUGGCAGUACUGGAUGUUUGGUGGCUUUGCCUAUCUCCUCGAGCGAAUCCUUCGUGAGAUUCGUGGUCGUCAUCAGACUUAUGUGACCAAGGUCAUCCAACAUCCAAGUAACGUUGUGGAAAUCCAAAUGCACAAGGAAAAGACCAAGACACGUGCUGGUCAGUACAUCUUCCUGUGCUGUCCUGAGGUUUCCAUCUGGCAAUAUCACCCCUUCACCCUCACAUCCGCCCCUGAGGAAGACUACAUCUCUGUCCACGUCCGUAUGGUGGGUAACUUCACCAAAGCUUUGGGUAAAGCUCUCGGCUGUGAAGAAGCCAAAAAAGGAGGUGGUGAGAAGAAACAACGCUCCGAGGUUAUCUCCAUGGCGCCUGGUGGUCUGACGAAACUACUUCCGAGAAUCUACGUUGAUGGACCAUUUGGAUCCGCAUCGGAAGACGUGUUCAAGUUUGAAACCGCAGUACUCGUUGGUGCUGGUAUUGGUGUUACCCCAUUCGCCAGUAUUCUCAAGAGUAUCUGGUAUCGCAUGAGCACCGGAUCAGGAGGCAAGACCCGACUGCGAAAGGUCUACUUCUUCUGGAUCUGUCGUGACUUCGGUAGUUUGGAAUGGUUCAAGUCGCUAUUGAUGGCUAUCGAGGCGCAAGAUAAGGCACACAAUAUCGAGAUCCACACCUACCUGACAGCGAAGAUCUCUGCAUCGGAUGCCAGUAAUAUCAUGCUCAACAGCAGCGAUACCGAUGCCGUCACCGGUCUGCGCACCCCAACCAACUUUGGUCGCCCCAAUUGGGAUAUGGUCUUCCGUGCCAUCCGCAAACUACACUCUCCUGGUGAGGCUGGUGUCUUCUUCUGCGGUCCUAAGGGCUUGGGUUCUCAGCUUCACAUCAAGUGCAACAUGUACUCCGAGGGUGAUAAAGGCUUCAGUUUCGUCUGGGGCAAGGAGAAUUUCUAG